AUGUCAGAAUACUGGAAAUCCACGCCCAAAUACUGGUGCAAGCACUGCAAGACCUACGUCCGCGAUACAAAGCUUGAGAAAGCAAACCAUGAUGCCACUCCGAAGCAUCAAGGUAACCUGAAGCGCUUCUUGCGCGACCUGCACCGAGGCCAUGAGAAAGAUGAGAAGGACAAGGAGCGAUCGAAGAUGGAGGUGGAACGCCUGAAGGGGCUGGUAUCCGGAGGAACAUCAGGAUCAGGGUCAUCAGGGCCAGCUGCGAGUUCUUCGAGUUCAGGAUUUGGGCGGGGACCGACGCCAUCAAUACCGAAGCCGCAGGCUACAGAGGCGCAAAGAAAAAAGCAGCUGGCGCAACUAGUAGAGAUGGGCGUCACUCUUCCAGACGAGUUUAGGGCGGAGAUGGCAAUGCCUGGAGAGUGGCAUGUCACGGCAGAGCGAGUCAUCGACCCUGAAGGCACAGAGAAGAAACCAGAGGCUUUGGCGUUGGGCGUACGGAAGAGGGAGAUUGGGGAGGAAGAGGAAGAGUUGAAUGAGGCAAAGAAGAGGAGAUGGGGAUCGACGUACCGGACACAUCCUACGGACGAGGAGGGCUUCGAUCUGGAUGCUCUCUUGGAUAAUGCAACCCGAAAUAAGGACCCAGUAACGAAGACUGGGGCGAGCGAGGAUGUCAAGCCAGAUUUGAAUUCGCCAGAUGUUCCAGACAAACAAUCUAUAGUGCAAGGCCAGAUUCAAGAUGGUGCCAAUCCAUUGAAGCCUUCUGGAAUUAAAAUAGAGCCAUCAGAAGGCGAAGUCAAAGUGGAGGACUCUAUACCACCGGCGGAAGCAGUGAAGCAAGAAGAUGACCAGAGCGCUCCAGGCGUUGUCUUCAAAAAGAGAAAGGCCAAGAAUAUCCGUCAAAAAUGA